CAAUAGCACGGCAGUGGUUUCCCCGAACGUCGAAUUUAAUUCAGUCGCACCAAAUUCAAAAUAUAGAAAACGUCGCAGUCAGGCACAGGAGGGUCAAAGCACUUAAAAUAUACAUUUCAUAUUUUAUGAAUUGAGUUCGGCACGGCAAUAGGGGGACGUUUGAAACUGAGCCGUGCCACUGCCGUGUAGCACGGCAGACCCUGUCGAAUUUAAUAACCGUGUCGAACUUAAUUUAAGUUGCUGAACUAAAUGGUUUCAAACGUCGUGCCACUGCCGUGCCAAAUUCUAUCAAUUGAGUUCGACACGGCAGUGGCACGACGUUUGACACAGGUCUUAGUGGCAUGAAAAGGCUGUAAAGAAAAAAUUUUCUCGUCAUUAAUGUUUUUAUUGUAUAAGUUAAAAUUCUAUUUUAAUAAAAAAAGUGAGGGCAUCUUCACAAUGUUAAAAAAUGUUUAGACCUCCCUCUGUUUCAGAGCGUCGUUUUUCGUUAGGGAUAUCUGAGGUUGCUAUUACAUUUGUCUCGUUAAUUGGUUGCUUGUGGUCGAAAGAUCGAAAUUUUGAUUCUCCCUAGUACCAAUGGUAAAGUUAUGGCUAUAGGAGCUAUGAGAAUUUAGUAAUAAAUCAAGGCCAUCGAUGCUUAGUUUUGGACACCUGUCUCAGUUGACAAUGAACGAUCAGAUAUUGUCGCGGUUAAGUGAAAUUAUCGCUGUUGGUGUUCUUAAAAGAAUAAUGAUGGCUCAUUGGUCAUUGAAGUCGUUGUUUUUAUUCCCCUAUUUGCAGUAGUAUUUCCAAUGAGGACAUUAUUAUGUUCUUGUUUUGUUACGAUUCAGGCCUUGGAUUCAAGUGGAAUUUAUGAGAAGACGCUGGAAAGGGAACCAGUUAUGGGCGAAAACAUUCAGAGGUUGAAGUCGUGUAUAACCGACUUUAGGAAUAAAAUCGAGUUUGCAGAGGAAAGAAGUCGAAGAGCUGAGAAGGUUUUAAAAGUGAAGGAACAGAGACGCGAUAUUCUUUUGGAAGACAUGGCACUGAUUCAUGAAAAAGUGACGCUGAAAAAAGACAAGUUACAGAAAACUCACGUGCUUUUGGAGGGUAAACAUCAUCGACUAGAAAAGUUAGACGAAGUUCUGCGUGAAAAAACAGAAAUCUGCAAAGAACUUACACGUAAUGACACCCAAAAUUUUCGAAAAACUCUGGAGAUGGAGAUUGCAAUGAACAAAGCGCGCGCUAAAGCUAUGGAUUAUGAAAAUAAGACCAUAGAACUGAAAACCCGAGCUAAGUUGUGUGAAAGAGAGAUUCAAAUGGCAAAAAUCGCAGAGAUGAAGGCGAUGCGUAAGACUGCCGACCUAACCAGCCGGCUCAUCACUAGGAAAGGGCUUUUCGAAAGACUGAAAAUCAAGGAGGAGCAGUUUCACAAACGUGAAGAAAUUUUCGUCGAUAAAAUACACAAUUUAGAAGAGAGUAUUCAAGAAGCAACCACACGGGCCGAGGCUGCGGAAAGAAGAAUAACUCUAUUAAAAACUAAAGUUUCACAACUUCGCCAAGAACUUCUCCAACAGAGAAGUAGGCGCAAGAGAAUAUUUCGACUGAAGAAUGAACUUGAACAUCUGCCGCUGGAAUAUUGA